AUGGCGCUGAUAGUUCUGAGCUUAGUGCUGCUGCUGCUUGUGCUCAUUUAUAAAUAUGCCAUGAGCUGCUUUGACGUUUUCCAGCAACGUGGUAUUGUCCAUGAUGCACCCAAGCCGUUCAUUGGCAAUCUUAGCUGGCAGGUUAUGUACGGCAGCGCUUCGUUUUUGGAAAAGCUUUUCGAGCGGCACCAGCGAUACAAGCAGCAUAAGAUCUAUGGCUUCUAUAAUAUGCGCAGUCCGUUCUUUGUGCUAAGCGAUCUGGAGCUGAUUAAGCGUGUGGGCAUACAGCACUUUGAUCAUUUCACCAAUCAUCCGCCGCUCAUACCCGAGGCAAGUGAUGCGCUCUUCACCAAGAGUCUGACAGCCCUGAAGGACGAGAAAUGGCGUGAGAUGCGUAAUACGCUGACGCCCUCGUUUACGGGCAGCAAAAUUAAGGCAAUGUUCGAGCUGAUCAACGAGUGCAGUGUGGCGGGCAUUAAUUAUUUAGCAACGGAGCUGCAGCGCACAGCUCAGCCGGAAAUUGAGCUGGAGAUGAAAAACUUUUUCGAGCGCUUCGCCAACGAUGUGAUUGCCUCAACAGCCUUUGGCAUUAAGGUGAACUCGUUUGUGGAUAUUGCCAAUCAGUUUUACAAAACUGGCAAAUCGAUGACAAAGUUUUCAAAUCUAGCCAUGCUUAAGCUAAUGCUGUAUGGCAUUAUGCCGCGAAUUAUGAAGGCAUUCAAAGUCAAACUCUUUGACAUCGAGGGCGUUGAGUACUUCAGACGUUUGGUAUUCGAUGCUAUGAAAUAUCGUACUGAGCAUAAUAUCAUACGUCCGGAUAUGAUUCAGCUGCUCAUGGACGCGCGACGUGUGUAUCAAACAAAUGCAGACAACUCCGCUCAACAUGCUGAAUUCAAUGAUGACGAUCUGUUUGCGCAAUGCCUGCUCUUCUUCUUUGUGGGCUUUGAGACCAUGUCCACCUGUCUGUGCUUUCUUAGCUAUGAGCUGUGUCUGAAUCAGCAGGUGCAGGCGCAAUUGUAUGAGGAAAUUCAGUCAGUGGAGCAAGCGCUGCAGGGCGCACCGCUAAAUUACAAUGUACUAAUGAAAAUGAAAUAUUUGGAUAUGGUUGUAUCUGAGCUAUUACGUCUAUGGCCGCCAGCGUUUAGUAUAAGUCGCGUUUGCAACAAGGACAUCGACAUGCGCGAUGAGAACAAUCAGCUGUUGGUGCAGUUUAAAAAGGAUGACAUUAUCAUAAUACCAGUAAUUGCCAUACAGCGUGAUGCAGCACAUUUUGCUAAUCCCGAAUUGUUUCAACCCGAGCGCUUUGCUGAAGAAAAUCGCGAUAACAUACAGCCCUAUACCUAUUUACCCUUUGGCAUUGGACCUAGAAGUUGCAUAGCUAAUCGCAUGGCCCUAAUGGAGGUCAAAUCAAUUAUUUAUCACUUGUUGAGUAAAUUUCAAUUGCUGCCUGCUGAAAAAACAGUGCAGAAUAUUUUGCCCACAUUGAAUUUUCAAAUGCAGCCAAGGGCUAAGUUCUGGAUAAAACUAAUUGAAAAUUUAUAUAUAUACGCGUUUAGUAUAUAUCAAAGUGUAAUAAUGCUUUGGCUUGUGCUCAGUUUGGUUGCUGUGCUGUGUGCGCUGCUGUACAAAUGGUCGGUGGCCAAGUACGAUACGUUUAACAAACGGGGCGUGCCACAUGAGCCACCCACACCACUGCUGGGCAAUGUAAAGCUCAAAGCGCUGCUGGGCAUGAUCUCACACAUGAAACUGAACUUGGAACAAUAUGCAACGAUGAAGUCGCAUAAAGUGUUUGGCAGUUACUUUCUGCGUGAGCCCGUCUACCUGAUAACUGACUUGGACUUGAUUAAGCAGGUGGGCGUCAAGCACUUUGAUCACUUUAUGAAUCAUAAGGCGUCCGAGGAAAUUGAGACGCCGAUGAGCAAGAGUCUCAUAUCGCUGCAGGACGCCAGAUGGCGCGAGAUGAGGAAUAUAUUGUCGCCCAGCUUUACGGGCAUCAAGAUGCGCGCCAUGUACGUCUUGAUCAAUGGCUGCAGCCAUCUGAGCGUGGAGUACAUCGAGCAGCAGCUGAAACAGCAGCAGCAGAGCAGCAGCAUUGAGCUAGAAAUGAAGGAUUAUUUUACGCGUUUUACAAAUGACGUCAUAGCGUCUGCAGCCUUUGGCAUUAAGGUGAACUCGUUUGAGGAUAAGGAAAAUCAGUUCUACAAAACUGGGCAGAGUGUUACAAAUAUGUCGCUUUACCUUAUACUCAAGUCAUUGCUUUUUUUCUGGAUGCCGCGUGUGAUGAAAGCCUUGAGAGUUAGCAUCUGGAAUAAGAAAGUUAUAGACUACUUCAAGAGCUUGGUGCUCGAUGCUGUGAAAUAUCGUAAGGAGCAUAAGAUAGUGCGACCCGAUAUGAUACAGUUGCUAAUGGAGGCGCAACGCAACAGCGCCGAGGGCGAUAAGCAGCUAACGGAUGAGGAGCUGCUGGCGCAAUGUCUGCUCUUCUUUUUUGCAGGCUUCGAAACAGUGUCCAUUUGUCUGUGCUUUACAACCUACGAGCUGUGCAUGAAUCCCGAAGUGCAGCAGAAGUUGUAUGAGGAGAUUAUGGAAGUGGAGCAGCAGCUGCAGGGCAAGGCCUUGGACUAUGAUACGCUGGUGCAUAUGAAGUAUCUGCACAUGGUUAUAUCCGAAGCUUUGCGCAAGUGGCCGCCAGCUAAUGCCACAGAUCGCAAAUGUGCGCGUGAUAUAGAUUUGCGUGACGAAAACAAUGAAAUUGUCAUGUCAUUUAAGAAAGACGAUCAGAUCUUUAUACCUAUACUACCGCUACACUAUGAUGAGGAGUAUUUCCCAGAGCCACUCAAGUUUAUGCCGGAACGCUUUGCGGAUGAAAAUAAGCAUCUAGUUAAUAUGAAUGCCUAUUUGCCUUUCGGUAUCGGACCUAGAAGCUGCAUAGGCAAUCGCAUGGCUUUAAUGGAGGUUAAAUCUGUCAUUUAUCAUUUGGUGCGUCAAUUUAAAUUGCUGCCAGCUGAGAAAACCUGCAAGGACAUGUUCGAAAGCAUCAAAGGUUUUCAAAUGAUGCCAAAGGAAAAGUUUUGGAUUAAGUAUGAGCAGCGAGCAGCAACGAGCAGUUUGUAAAACUAAUGUGUAAAAUAAAAUUAUAAUUUAUU